GAACGUUCGAAAAACAAGAUCGCGACUUCACACUUGAAAAUGACGCACGAGUUGCAGCCGCUCGUGGCCACGGCCCGUCGCAGCCGACCGCAGCACCGCUGGGUCGUCCUGCUCGGCAUCGCGGCCACGUGCUUGCUUGCAUAUUUUCAACCGUCCGACGAGCAGUUGCCAUUGCUUCGGCCCCCAGCGCUCGCGACAGUGCGCGUCGAUUUGGCGCCGAACGCGUCGAGCCCCCGCGGGUACAAUGCUGUUGCAACCUUUGGCGUGCGCUACGACGCCCAAGACGCGUACGCGUACGCGACGUUCAACGACAGCGUCCAAGCCAUUGGGUGGUCGCAGCUCUGGGUCCGCGCCGCGUCGCCGGCCCACGACGACCGCGACUUGUCUGCUGUCAUGUACGCAGCAGGGUACGCCGAGGGGGCGCUGACCCAUGCGCGCAUCCAAGAGCACUACCUCAACACGUACGAGUCGUUCUACGGCAACGACACGAUCGCGCCGGCCAAGGUUGCCCAUUGGUUGCAAAAGCACGUCGCGUACCUCCAGGCGCAAAUGCAAGGUCCGCACAAGGACCUCAACACGCUGCGCUACUGGCGUAUGCUCGGUGGUAUCUUUGCGCAGAUUGAGGGCUUGGCCGACGGCUACAACGACCACGGAGCUGGCACCCCGCUCUCCGUCGCCGAUUUGUUCUUUCUCAACUCGGACGGGGACCUCGAAGACUUGAUUCCGGCGAUCAAUGCGACCGACGCCGCCGUCCACAAAGAAGGCGAUGACGAAGGCGCGUCAUUGUACGAGGAGCUUACCAACCUCAAGUGCUCGGCGCUGAUUCGGCUGCUCCCAAACGCGACAGACCUUUUGUGGGGCCACACGACGUGGGACAUCUUCUCGGCGAUGAACAAGAUGUUCAAGCAUUACGACGUGCCGCUGCCCGAAGGUGGCGCGCGCAGACGCAUCUCCAUGUCAUCGAGCCCGGGGUACAUUUCGUCGGUCGACGACUGGUACCUCUUGGACAGCGGCCUCGCCGUGCUCGAGACGACGAACGGCGUCUACAACAAGACUUUAUACGAGCACCUCUCGACGCGCAGCGUGCUCUCGUGGAUGCGGUCCAAGGUCGCCAACGCCCUCGCCACCGACGGCCCGACGUGGGCCGACACCUUUGGGCGCCACAACAGCGGCACGUACAACAACCAGUGGAUGAUACUCGAUCUCCACCGGUUAUCGCCCGGCGUCGGACUGGCCGACGGCGGCCUCACGAUCCUCGAGCAGAUGCCUGGCGCCGUCGAAUCGAGUGACAUGACGCAUGUGCUGCGCGACCAAGGCUACUGGGCGUCGUACAACGUCCCGUACUUUCCCGCCAUUUACAAUGCGACGGGCUUUCGCGCCAAAUUCGAUGCGCAACGGAGCUCCGACUGGACGUACAACCACACGGCACGUGCCGAGAUUUUUCGCCGAGACGCCCCUCGCGUGGGAACGCUCGAAGAUCUCAAGCACCUUAUGCGGUACAACGACUACGAGAACGACCCGCUCUCCCAGGGCAACCCGGCGUGGGCCAUUGCCGCGCGCUAUGACCUUGCGCACGGCAGCGCGUUCAAGCUCCACGGAGGCAUCGACUCCAAGGUGUCGUCCUUCCAGCGCGGUCUAAACUUGGAGUGCGACGCGAUCCUGGGACCGACCUCGGAGCAGCAGCCGGCGUUUCAGUGGGCGCCAGAGCUGGAGGCGCCGCAUCGGGGGCAGCCAACUGCGUUCAAGUUUCCAUUUGUGACCAUGCGCCACCGCGAGUACCUCCACGACUAAGUCUAACCUGAAUGUUCCGAUUCCGUGUUCCCCA